AUGCCUGAAGAAGUCCAGAAUGUUGGAUCUGGGCCCGAAGUGUACUCCCACUUGAUCACCCGUCGUCUGCGUGAGCUCAAUGUCUACGCCGAGAUGCUCCCAUGCACCCAGAAGCUCAGCCAGCUGUCAUGGAAGCCCAAGGGUGUCAUCCUUUCCGGCGGACCCUACUCUGUCUACGACGCUGAUGCGCCCCACGUCGACCCUGCCGUUUUCGAGCUGGAUGUUCCCGUCCUCGGCGUCUGCUACGGCCUCCAAGAGAUCGCCUGGAACCACGGCAAGAACGUCUCCGCCGGCGAGCGCAAAGAGUACGGCCACGCCGUGCUGAGCGUGACCCGCCACACCGACGCCGCCCCGCACGUCGACGUGCUCUUCUCCGACCUCGACACCUCGCUCGAGGUGUGGAUGUCGCACGGCGACAAGCUUGCGUCGCUGCCGCCCAACUUUGUCACUGUUGCCACUACCGCCAAUGCGCCGUUCGCCGGUAUCGCGCACAAGGACAAGAAGCUCUACGGGAUCCAGUUCCACCCCGAGGUCACGCACACGGCGAAGGGGAAGGCCAUCAUUGAGAACUUUGCCGUCAAGCUGUGCCAGUGCCGCCAGAACUGGACGAUGGAGAAGUUCGUCGACACGGAGAUUGAGAGGAUCAGGGCUGUUGUGGGCCCCACUGGGCAGGUUAUUGGUGCCGUCUCCGGCGGUGUCGACUCUACGGUUGCGGCCAAGCUCAUGAACGAGGCUAUUGGUGACCGCUUCCACGCUAUUCUCGUCGACAAUGGUGUCAUGAGGUUGAACGAGUGCCAGAUUGUGCACGAGACCUUGACCAAGGGAUUGAACAUCAACUUGACCGUUGUUGAUGCGAGCGAGGAGUUUUUGGGCAAGCUGAAGGGUGUUACUGACCCGGAGGUUAAGAGGAAGAUCAUUGGAAACACCUUCAUUGAGGUCUUCCAGAGGGAGGCGGAGAGAGUUGUCAGGGAGAGCGGUGGAGCGGUGGACUUCUUGCUGCAGGGAACUUUGUACCCUGAUGUCAUUGAGAGUAUCUCAUUCAAGGGACCCAGUGCCACCAUCAAGACUCACCACAAUGUUGGAGGUCUCCUCGAGAACAUGAAGCUCAAGCUCAUCGAGCCCCUCCGCGAGCUCUUCAAGGACGAAGUCCGCGUCCUCGGAACCAACCUCGGAAUCCCAGAGGACCUUGUCUGGCGCCACCCCUUCCCCGGCCCCGGCAUCGCCAUCCGUGUCAUCGGCGAGGUCACCCCCGAGCAGGUUGCCAUUGCCAGGAAGGCGGACCACAUUUUCAUCGAGGAGAUCAAGGCCGCUGGCCUGUACCGCGAGAUCUCACAGGCGUACGCUGCGUUGUUGCCCGUCAAGGCUGUCGGUGUCAUGGGUGACAAGAGAGUGCACGACCAGGUUAUUGCGCUGAGGGCUGUCCAGACUACAGACUACAUGACUGCGGACUGGUACGACUUUGAUGGGAAGUUCAUGAGGAAGGUGGCUGGAAGGAUCGUGAACGAGGUUGAUGGCGUCUGCAGAGUUCUUUACGAUGUUACCCAGAAGCCACCAGGCACCAUCGAGUUCCAGUAG